GUUUCAAAUGUGCUGCGACACGGUCAUAGACGGUUCGAUCUUUACAAAAUCAGAACUUUAACGAAUUCCAAAAAAUAAAUUAUAUUUAAAAUAGUGUUAGAGGUAUUUCCUCACGAAAUUGUGCAAGUGCUUUAAGAAUUAGUUUAUAGAAAAUAUAUAAAAAGCUUGCCCAAUGCCACGCAAAAAGCGCGCCUCCAGCCCCCUAGAUCUGUACGACGAUGACUUCGACGAGGAUGCCAGCUCACACAGUUCCCAGCCGCCGGUGCAACGGAAUGCGGCAAAUGCCAGGGAGCGAAUGCGCAUGCGAGUGCUAUCCAGCGCCUAUGGACGUCUGAAGACCAAAUUGCCCAACAUUCCACCGGACACAAAGCUAUCCAAGCUGGACACACUGCGCCUGGCCACGCUCUACAUCAAGCAGCUAAUCAAUGCCGUCGAGACGGGCAACGGCACAGCCAAUGCCAAUCCAACGCAAUCCGGCGCCGCUCUAGCUGCUGCGCUGGACACACGGAGUCUAGCGACGGAUUGCGGCAACGAUGCUGCAGCAGCGACGACAACUUUCAAUUUCCACAAUGCUGGACAACUCGGCAUGAGCUGGCCCUUUGAGUUUCAUCAACAUUUGCAACACGGCCACAAUCGCAACAGCAAUUCCAACCUGACAUUCAACUCGGCGCGCAUGGAUUGGCAAAGUUCUCAAACGCAAUCCUAUCCGAAGACGCCAAGACAUGAGCCUCACAUGGCAACCGAUGUUAGCUAUACACAGCUGCAGGAUGCACAUUGGUAUCCAACGGAUAUGGGCUUGCAAUUGGAGCAGACACGUAGUGGCAAUGGCUGUUGUGCCUAUGAAUCGGCUGGCCUGGGACAGCAUCAGCGUGGCAUUACAAUAUCAACUAGUCAGGCGCAUAGCCUCUAGUGAGGUGCAUAUCUUGCAUUUACUUUAACUUACGCUCUAACUGAAAUCGUAUUAAAAACGUGAUUUUAAUCGUCAUUCGUCAUUGUAUUGCAUUGUAUGUUAUGUAAUUUACUAAGCCAAAGACUAGUAUUAUGUUUAACUUUAACAAUAUUACCUAGCCAAUAAACAUAAGCAAGAGAAACGUAACAGAAAAACGUAA